GUUUCGAAAGGAUUAAAUGCUCUGUGGGGACUGCAUGAUUCGUCAUGAUUGUCUACAGAAGGGAUCAAAUGCUCAUCUGUCUUCUUGUAAUUGUGAUGGCAAGAGCAGAGGUGAAGGAAAACCUCUCACCUGAGUGUAAACAGUUCCUGUACAUGGGCACGUUGCCUCGAGGUCUUGAGGAGCAGCCUUUUAAAAAGAUUUGCCAGAUCUAUGCGGGCAGCCCAAGAUUUGUCACCCUGUACGACACCUUCAACCACAUCCCUGUUUACUCCGCGUACACCUUCAAGCGCUCGGACGGCUCCAAGAAGGUUGAUGUGCCUUGGAUGUAUGAGCCACAGCUCUCCACAGUGUCUGAAUCACGUGAGAUGCAGCCGUUCCCUUCAGAACACGUCCACAGUAGUUUUGAGGAUGCUCAGGCCGUGCUUGACGACUACUCUAACACUGUCAUCUAUGAACGUGGGCAGCUGAAUCCAGACGAGCACCAGGCCCACCCUAAUGACAAAGCAUCCACCUACACACUGACAAACGUGGUCCCUCAGGUCCGAGAGUUCAACAUUGGUCCCUGGAAAAAUCACGAGCACAUCAUUCGCAGGCGGCUCAACAACUACUGUCGUGGCACCGCCUAUGUAAUCACCGGGGUCACUACCUCGGGGCACACAAUCCGCCGCCACAACAUCAAUCGCCUGGGCAUCCCCACCUACCUCUGGUCGGCCUACUGCUGCAUUGAUUUUGACCACAAUGCACCAUACUCAGAGCGCUCCAAGUUUCCGGCGUUUGCAGCUCACGGGCUCAACGACAGGGAGGAUAACAAGGUUCAAGAGAUGACGGUGCCACAGCUGGAGGACUUCCUGAAGAGGGUAACUUAUGUCGGCAGCUCUUUCCAGAUCUUCUAUGACAACUGUGUUCCUAAGGGUGCCCUGCAUCUUCCUUGAGAAAAUGGAUAUGGGUCCUUUAUAUUUAGCAUAUAUAUUCAUAUCCAUGUCAGUGUCAAUAACAUUCAACAUUUAGAAGCUGAUUAGAAGCAACUCAUUUCAUUAAAUAUUUAAUUUAUUCUAAAUUUUACUGUUUUCUGGGGUAAGUCAGACUUUUUGCUCAUGUCUAAAUUUUAAUUCCAUUAUCUAAAUUUACAGAGUUUCAUGUAAUUGCUCUGUGGCCACUUGUUUGCAGAUUAAAAUUUUCAUCAUAUCACCAUUAUCCUGCUUUUCUUUAUAAUUGGACUGAUCUUUACUUAUUUACCCAGUAUCAGCCGUUUAGUCAAAUUAAAUAAUCUUUGUUAAAAGGUCGACUUACUAGCUUUCCUGAGCUCCAUUCACGUUAGAGGAUGUAGUUAAAAGCUCUUAUAAUCUAUUAAGUGGACCUUUGAGCUUAGUUUUUGUUACAUAAAGUAUACUGUGCCCCAAGGUCAAGAUGGAUUCUCAAUGUUUACAUUUGAGUAAAAAUCCCCUUGUAACCUAAAUACAUCUUAACACUUCCACUAUUCAUUGUUAUUUAAAUUAUGUUGUAUUUGAUGGUGUAUUUUUAUUGGGCAUAAACUCACCCUGAAAACCUUACAUGGUUGUACAAUUCAUUCACUUUAUCUCAUGGUAACGUAUCCUCUUAAUGACUGGGAACUACACCUGUCUCUGUAGGCCUUUUGUUCAGCACAGUUAAAUUAGACCAGCAGCUUUAUAUUUUGCAUACCGCCUCUUAACUGUAGUGCUACUAUUCACUUCUCUUAUGGGAAGCCACACAGUCAAAUUCAGGACAAACUGGGCCAAUAUCCAGAUUUUAGGUAUUUAUGUUAUUAUCCUCUAAAAUAAUAUUAACGUUAAACUCUAGUUUUACCCGUCAAUGAAAAUUAGGAAUUUUUGUUUGCCUGUUAUUCAGAAUAAAAAAACAGCUUUAAGUUGGGUUCAGCUUUUUUUAAAGUGGUCCUAUUUCUUCUGAAAGUUUAUUUGGAUUUCAAACUGUGCCACGAAAUGUGGACUACAAAAGCUAAAUAAGUUUAAAUAAAGUUGGAUGUAAAAA